AAGAUGCAUCUUGCUUCGCGCCCACACUUUCCACACUUUCCAUUUCAUCUAUAAUUCAAAAUGCCACACUCAACAAACUCAGCACCAGUCCAGCAUGUCACUGUCAUCGGCAGCGGCUCCAUCGGAGCAUCAUGGGCUGCUCUCUUCUUAGCACAAGGCCUCACCGUGACGGCCUUUGACAUCAAUCCAGCUGCUGAAGCGACGCUGAGGAAGCUCGUCACCAACACGCUUCCUGUACUGCAAUCUCUGGGCCUUGACAAGAGCGCCUCUGCAUCUCCCGAAAACAUCGCCUUUACAACCGACCUUGCCACGGCCCUGAAGGAUGCCGACUUUGUGCAGGAGAAUGGUCCUGAGCGAUUAGAUCUCAAGCAGAAACUCUUCAACGACAUGGCCGCAUUGGUGCGCCCAGAUACCAUCAUCGCCACCUCAUCCAGCGGCCUGACAUGUACAUCGAUCCAGUCUGGCAUGGACGCCGCCUCGCAUCCCGAGCGCAUUAUAGUUGGCCAUCCCUUCAACCCGCCGCACCUGAUUCCGCUCGUGGAAGUUGUGGGCGGCGAGAAGACAGCCCCAGAGACAAUUGAGCGCACCCUGGCAUUCUACACAGUCAUUGGCAAGAAAGCCGUGCACGUCAAGAAGGAAGUUGUCGGACACAUUGCAAACCGGCUACAGGCGGCGCUGAUGCGUGAGAUGCUUCAUAUGGUGCAGAACGACAUCUGCAGCAUCUCAGAUAUCGACAACGCCAUGGCGUACGGGCUAGGCCUACGCUGGGGCAUCAUGGGCCCCAAUACACUGUUUCAUCUCGCCGGUGGUGAGCAAGGUGCUCAGCACAUGGCGGACCACCUGCUGGGGCCGCUAACAACGUGGUGGGCGCAGGAGGACCCUGUUCUAGACGAUGAUCUGAGGAAGAAGUGGGUUGAUGGCACCAUGGAGGCAAUUAGCGAGAGGAAGUUCGAUGAUCUAGUUACGCAGCGCGAUGCAGAGCUAGUCAAGUUGCUGAAUUUGAGGAAGGACUGGGACGGCUACGCGGAAGAGAGGAAGGACUUGUAA